GUUUGUACAGAGAUCUUCACAAGAGAGUGUGUGAUCUUCCAGAAACCAGUCUACUGCUUUGUUCAUCUGAGCAUUCAGGAGUUUCUGGCUGCAGUCUACAUGUUCCACUGUUUCACCAACAGGAAGACGGAGGUGCUGGAGGACUUCCUGGAAGAUGAAAUGAAUGAAGAGGAGGAAGAUGAUGAGGAGGAUUAUGAUGAAGACUUGAAUUACACAUCUGUAGCUGACUUUUUGCACAUGGGCCUAAAAAAAUCUCUUCAGAGUGAAAAUGGCCACCUGGACCUGUUUGUCCGCUUCCUGUAUGGCCUCUGUCUGGAGUCCAACCAAAUAAUAUUAUGUGGUCUGCUGGGUCAGACAGAGAACAGUCCAGAAGUUAUUGAGAGAAUCAUUAACAACUUGAAGGAGAUGAAAGCUAAGUUUAUUUCUCCUGACAGAAUCAUCAACAUCUUCCACUGUCUGAUGGAGAUGAAUGACCUCUCAGUACAUCAGGAAAUCUUGGAUUUCCUGAAGUCAGAGAACAGAUCAGAGAAGAAACUCUCUGAGAUCCACUGCUCAGCUCUGGCCUACAUGCUACAGAUGACAGAGGAGGUUCUGGAUGAGUUUGACCUGGACAAAUACAACACAUCGUGGGAGGGUAGACUAAGGCUUAUUCCAGCUGUGAGAAACUGCAGGAAGGCUCGACUUUCUGAAUGUUGGCUGUCAGAGACUCACUACAAAGUUGUGGCCUCUGCCCUGAAGUCUGACACCUCCCACCUGAUGGAGCUUGACCUGACAGGAAGUAAACUGCAGGAUUUGGGACUGAAGCAGCUCUCUACUGGACUGGAGAGUCCAAACUGUCGACUUAAAACACUGUUACUUGCUAACUGUGGACUAACAGAGAUCAGUUGUGAUUCUCUGGUCUCAGCGCUGAAGUCCAAUCCCUCCCACCUGAGAGAACUGGACCUGAGCAGAAACAACCUGCAGGAUAUAGGAGUGACAAGACUUUCUGCUGGAUUACAGAGUCCCGACUGGAGACUAGAGACUUUGAGACUAAGGUCCUGCAGUUUGUCAGAGAUCAGCUGUGUUCAUUUAGGUUCAGCUCUGAAGUACAAUUUGUGCUAUCUGAAAGAGUUGGACCUGAGUCAAAACGAGCUACAGGAAUCAGGAGUGGAGCAGCUUUCAGCUGGACUAGAAAGUCCAAAAUGUAGACUGGAAACCUUGAGACUAACUCACUGUGAACUACCAGGAAGCUGCUGUACAUUUCUGGACUCAGUUCUGAAGUCAGUCUCUUCCUGUCUGACAGAGCUAGACUUGAGCCACAACAAACUGCAUGAUUCAGGAGUAAAACUUCUGUCUGCUGGACUGGAGAGUCCAAACUGUAGCCUGAAGACUUUAAGGCUGAAGGACUGUCUUAUUAUGGAUGAUGGCUGUGCUUCUUUGGCUUCAGCUCUAAAGUCAAAUCCCACCUAUCUGAGAGAGCUAGACCUGAGUCACAACAAACUACAAGAUUCAGGAGUAAAGCUUCUGUCGAUUGGACUGUGGACUCAAAACUCUAGACUUAACACUCUAAGGAUAAAGGACUGUCAGAUUACAGAUAAAGGCUGUGAUUAUCUGUUCUUAGCUCUUAACUCGACCCAAUGUCCCCUGAGAGUGCUAGACCUGAGUUUGAACAAGUUAAAGAAAACUGAAGAAGAACUGAAGCUGAUGUUUGGGUUUCUGAAGACACUUCACUUAAAGACUGUGGUCAGGUUUACAUGAACCUGGAGUAUGGAGGAGGAGACAACCUUCAUUAAGCUGCCUAUCACCACCCUGAGUUCAAAUUCAAACAUCCUAGAAUAACUUGAUUUUGUCUUCCUUCCCUUAGAUAGUCACUUGAUGACUUUAUUUAAAUUUAUGAAGGCUUUCAUUUGAUUCAGUGAACUACAGUGUUAAGGUCUAUAAGAAGAUGUGAAUGCAACAUUAUGGGAAAUCCCUACUGCAACCAACUACACCCUACACCUUGUUGGCAGUGAUCACUACUACGCUUGGCUACAAGAUAAACAGCCACAAGAAGCAGUACUUUUAAUGGAUAAGGAAACUAGAGGCCAAGAUCAAGGUAGCAUGGAGGCCAACUAUCAGAGCUGCACAAAGAUGUGAUGAGAUAGAAGCCGGGAUAAUAAACAAGGUUCUCCACUGAACCAUCCAACAUGUACUCUCAGUGUCAGAUGAACAAUAUGAGAACAGCCCCACCAAGGCUGGAGACAGAACAAUACUGAAAAACCUUAUGGGAAAAGGAUGCAACCCAUAACAACAAUGCACUGUGGCUAGUACAGCUGGGAGAAGAUUACAGCAAGCUCCCUGAACAGGAUCCAGUAACAUCGCAGUGAUAGACAUCCAACACAGAGUAUCAAGCAUAAAGAGUUGGACAGCACCAGCCUCUGGCAUGAUUCCCGUGCACUGGUAAAAGAAGCUAAGUGCACUCAAUGAGCGACUGUCAGCACAAAUUGAACCAGCUGCUAAUGAACGAAAGUGGAACCAGCUGCUAAUGGUGAAACAUAACCAUAUAAGCUAAUCGAACAGUGGACAGUCCUGAUCCCCAAGGGUCCUCAGAAGGGACCUGUCCCAUCCAACUACCAGCCAAUAACCUGCCUCAGAUUUUCAGUACCAGAUGGAAGCUCCUGUUGGGCAUCAUAGUGGCUAAGAUGAACAGGCAUAUGGCUCAAGAAAGGCACAGAUAGAAAUUGGCAGAAACACCAGAGUGGAAAACUCAACACCACGCACAUGGAUACCGGAAUGCCUAGAACUAUACAAGAUCAACAGGACCCUAAGAGCUUUCAUCAGGAAUUCAGUGGUAAUGUUGUAAACAACAAUGCAGACCAACUUCAAGCCGAUUGCACAGGUCACCAUCAAGUGCAUGAUUUACCAAGGCAAUUUACAUGUUAUCUGGAAAUAACCAGACAAGAGAGGGUUUUCAGAAAAAACUGUUAAAUGUUCAGUUUCUAUGCCAUAUGUUAAAACAAGAUCUAGAAUGUGUCAUUUUUAGCAUCUACGUGGAUAUUAAAAUCACCCACAAUGAUUGUUUUAUCAGAGCUGAGCACUAAAUCAGAUAAAAAGUCUGAGAAAUCAGACAGAAAUUCUGUGUAAGGCCCAGGUGGACGAUAGGUGAUAAUGAAUAACACUGGUUUUUGAGCUUUACAGCUGGGGUGGACAAGGCUAAGCAUCAGGCUUUCAAAUAAAGGAAAGCUCUGUCUGGGUCUUUGGUUGAUUAAGAAGCUGGAGUGUGAGAUUGCUGAAAAUAGCACUGUGUUCUAGGUUUGUGGCAGUGUAACCAUACCACAUUACACUUUCUGUAUUCCCUUUUGUUCUUCA